CUAUUUACAUGUUACCAUGACGUGUGCUCUUAAACCCCCACUCGUUCUCUUCUCCUUCCCCUCUCAUAAAUCUCUCCCCUCCUCCAUCUCUGCUCUCCAUCUCUCUCGCCUCACCGUCAAUGGAAGAUUCAAGAUCUGCCAGCAGCAGGAAUCCCACUCCACCGCCCGCAGCUAGGAAGCCGAAUGACUCGUCCGCGAGCUCUUUUGAAGAAGACGAGGGUCGCGAGAGGCUCAAGAGGCACAGAGACGAUGUAGCCGGGAAGGUGAAGAUUCCGGAUAAAUGGGGGCAGGAGCAGAUGAUGAAGGACUGGAUCGAGUUUUCCACUUUCGAUGCCCUCCUGGGUUCUCACAGGAUGAUUAUUGCAGCUCGCGAUGCGCUUAUCGCCGAUGCAAGGAAAGCCAAGUCUCCCAGAUUAAGUAUACACAGCAGUUGCUAAUUAAUUUCAGUACUUUCAUUUCUCUGUACUUUCCAUCCCCAUCUAUCACCGCAGUCUCUGGAUUCUCUCUUCUUAUAUUCUGUUCCCAUCCUUCCUGUCGUUCGUCGCAAGAAUAAGGGGAAAGACGUGAACGAGAACACGUGCAUAGUUACUAUAUAUGAUCCAUGAGUAGAAUUUAAUCUAAGAACAAUAUGAGUUUAUUUCUCGAUGAAACAGGAAUAGGAUGCACGCUGAGUAGCCUUUAUUGUAGAAUUCAUGUACUCUUAUGAAGUAAUCUAGAGUUUUAUUCGAAAUUUGAACAAUUCCCAUAUUUAUAUAUUUUAUGUCUGAUAAUUUUUA